AUGCCAGCCAACUUUAGAUCUCUACUGCAUUUUGCUCUGUCUUGUUGCAACAUCCUUCUAGUCUCUGGUCAUCCGGUAUCACUAGUAGAUCCUUCUGCCGCAUCCCUUGCGUAUGUUAUAUUAAGACUUCAUAGUUUGCACAUCACUAACAUGUUACAGGAACAGCGUUCCCAACUUAUCAUCCCUCUCACCGCGCUCCAUUCUACCUCGCAGCAACAACUCAACCGAUUCUUCCUCCGGCGGAAAUGACGGGCCUGGAGAUCGUAAUCAUCUGCUAGAGGCAAACCUGACAGCGGCCAUCGCCGUUGCCGCAGGUCUUGGGGUUCUAUUGGUCCUUGUUGGGUUAAUGAGUGCAUUCCGCAUGGGCUGGUCCAAAGGGCUCGAAUACCAGGAGAAGGAAGGGCGGAAACUCACCUCGGCGGGAUCAAGCGAUGUCUCCACCGAUCCUACAUUUGCCUCUUGGCAAGGUGAACCGCCAAUCAUCCGCGGAAUGUCAGAGCGUGACAUAGAUUGCCCCUACGGCGUAGCUGUUGGAGGCCUCGGAAGGCACAGCUUCAGGCCUGAGAAGGGAGUUUACAAGAUUCAUGACGGGCCGGAACCGGGAGCAAUCAGGAGUAUCGUGGCGGUGGAUAAGGGCAAGGCGAAGGAUAUCGGGACUUGGUGACAAGUUGUGGUUUCUUUCUCUCGAGUUCCUGGACUUUCAACUAUAUUCAUUCUUAAUUACAUUGGGAAGGCGCAAGUAUUUUAUGGUGCUAUUAAGGAUCUCAUGGAAGUGUGCAGGAAAUGGGUGGGUAGAUAGGAGUUUUUGCGUGUUCCCUCACUAGCCUUUGUUCUUCGCAAUCACUGACUUUCUUCUUGAUUUUUAAAGUUAUUUAUUUGGGCACUAGCGGGGUAUAAAAAAAACGGAGUCUCGUAAUUAACGGGCAUGACAUG